AUGACUAAAUUGAUGGUAAAUACGCUUGGAUUGGGGACUGUGGGGAUUGCCUCAUACUUCUGGGGUAAAUCGUCGAGCCCUGCACCAUCUGUCACACCUACAGAAAAUGUUCCAACUAAGACGACCCCGGGUGGUGGAAUGGUUCCAUAUGGUGGUGGCAACACACAAGUAGGAACUUUUGAUCCUGCUACCAUCAGACCACAGGAUUUCUUCAAGUAUGGGUUCCCUGGACCACAUCAUGAUCUCGGGAACAGAAACGAGUUCAUCAGUUGUUAUGAUAGAAGUACAAGAAACCCAUAUUGGGUUUUGGAACACAUUACUGCGGACUCAAUCAAAUCAGUUGGAGGAGUUGAUCGUAAGAAGUCAGUAUUCAGAGAAGAUGAGUCUAUCCCACUUAAAUUCCGUGCCAGAUUAAGAGAUUACUUUAGAAGUGGAUACGAUAGAGGUCAUCAAGCACCCGCUGCAGACGCAAAAUACACCCAGGACACAAUGAACGAGACUUUCUUGUUAACUAACAUGUCACCUCAGGUUGGUGAUGGCUUCAACAGAGACUAUUGGGCACAUUUCGAAGAUUUCUGUAGAAGAUUGACAAAAAAGUAUACUGGAGUCCGUAUUAUGACUGGACCUUUAUACUUACCAAAAUUAUGUGAAGAUGAUAAGUACAGAGUCACUUACGAAGUCAUUGGUUCACCUCCAAAUAUUGCUGUACCUACUCAUUUUUUCAAAUUAGUUGUUGGUGAAAGAGCUGGUGAUGAAAAAAUUGCAGUUGCUGCAUUUGUGAUGCCUAACGAGCAAAUUGAUAAUUCAAAGCCAUUGACCGAUUUCCAAGUCCCACUUGAAGCAUUGGAAAGAUCUUCUGGACUUGAUUUAUUACAACAAGUUCCAUACUACAACAAGAAAGACUUAUGUAAAGAGGUCAAGUGUGAAAUCAUUGUGAGGGAAUUCCCUAAAGCUGUUCAAAAUGCCUUACCAGGUAAAUAA